AUGCAAUUUGGAUCGAUACUAAAAAAGUUUUUCGUCCAACCUCAGUACUGUAUUAUUACAUGUGGAACUAGUAAUUCAAACAGAAAUCAAACAAAAAUGAAUAACAAAAACAACUUGAUUUUGAACAAAAUAUGUGGUGGCAGUAUCAUCGACAUAAAGCCACUGUUUUCCAAUGAUGGAGAGACAAUCUUUACCGUUGAAAAAAAUACUCAUAUUAAGGCUUACAAUACCUCGACUAGUGAAUUAGUUAAGGAAUUUGAGUCAGCCGUUCAUAAAAUUGUUGGCUUGGUGCAAGAUCCGAGUAGCCCUGAUUGGAUUGUUGCUUGUUUAGAAAAUGGAGAGAUUGUCCAUUGGGAUACUGUCAGCGGUGCUAUCACAGCCAAAGAUGAACUCAAUAUACUUCAAGAUGUUAAAAAUAAUGAAAAAGAUAUGAAAAUAAAAACUUUUAACUUUGUUACAUCUCGAGAUUUUAAUGGUAAAGAAGUACAAUAUGUACUACUAACAUCUAGUGUAGACACAUACACUGGAAAAACAGUUCAAGUUGCUUUAUAUGAUUUAUUAACUGGCAGUAAAAUUUCCAAAUACAUUUUCAGAGAUAUUCCUGGUGACUACUAUGUUUCAAUUGUACACAAUUAUGGAGAUAAUAUAAUAGUUUUUGGUUAUGACACAUGGAUAUGUUUAAGCAAUUCUGCUUUAAUUUUUAAUAAGCAUAAAACAACAUGCCCAAUUACCUGUUUAUGUGGUCACCCUGAAGAAGCAACUGUGGCAGUUGGAGAUAGCUUAGGGCGAGUUAUUGUAUGGAAAGAUCUUUUGAAUAUUCCUGCAAAAGCCACAUAUCAUUGGCAUUCUUUACCAGUUACAGAUAUUGCGUUUAGUAGCUCAGGCAAAGAGAUGUUCACUGGUGGUGGUGAAGCUGUACUAGUAAAAUGGAUUUUGGCAAAACCACAGGACAGACGUUACUUGCCUCGCUUGCCAGCAAUGAUAAAGCACAUAUCUAUUGCACCUGAUAAUGUUUUGAUAGCAAUUUCAACUUUAGACAAUGGGAUCAUGAUCACUGAUUACGAUAGGAAAAUAAAAGCAGUGAUUCAAAAUUUUACAAGAGAUUUGUCUGGAUCUUCUUUGUAUUCUGCUGGAAUUUGUGAAGAUUCUCGAAGUGGAAGUGUAGUGCUGAAUAGUAGAAUUGGGCAUAUACAAUUCAUCAGACCUGUCUCAAAGAGCCUUUUAUAUAAUUUGGAUAUUACCCAAGAAAAUAUUAUAUCUCAAGAAAGAAAUAUGAAAAUCACUAACACUACUGUCACAAAGAUAGCUGUAAGCUCUAAUGGAAACUGGUUAGCAACCAUAGAAGAGCGAGAAGGUUCAUUUAUGGAAGUGCGAUUGAAGUUUUGGGAAUUUAAAAAAACUCAACAAACAUAUGAAUUGAAUACUGUAAUUGAGGAUCCUCAUGUUAAAGGAGUAAAUUCAUUAAAAUUUAGACCCAAAACGGAAGACUGUGAUUCGGACAGUGAAUUUUUAGUAAGUACAGGCAAAGAUAAGAAAUUCAAGGUCUGGUACUUGGCUGAUGGUGCAACUAUUGAAUGCAGUAAAAAUUAUUGGAGAUCUUGUGGUAGUAACAAUUAUUGUGAAGAAAUUCCUGAAGAUGCCUCUUAUGUCACAGAUGGUUCUGUACUGGGUGUAGCAUUUGGAUCAUCUCUAACUCUUUGGAGCUCAAAAACGCUCGCUUUCAAGGGAGCGUUAGAACACAUGAAAUUUCCACAAACAUUAAAGAGAAUCGAAUUUGGAACAAAAGAUUGUUGCCAUUUAGCAGUUGUGGCUUCGAAUGAACACUUGGCUGUGUGGGAUUUAACUUCAUUCAGGUUAAAGUGGGUUGCUCACAUAAAUCUGGCAGUUUUGGCAGCUGAUCCUCGUUCUACUUAUAUGGCUGCAUUCACCACUGACAAUAAACUAAUUGUUUUCAAUCCUAAAAGUGCAAAACCAAUAUAUGAGAUGGAAUCGGUGGUCAAUUCGGAAAUUUCCAUCAUGAGUGCAUGCUUCGUUCGGAAUCAAGAAGCCAAAAAUAACACGGUUGAUUGGCAAAAAGAAUCAAAAUUAGUUUUCCUGACUUCGGAACAAGAACUUUUGAACUUGGACUCAGAAUUUGAGUCUAACGUAGCCUUGGAGAAUCUGUCAGUCAGCAAAAAUCUACCCCUCACAUCAUUCAGUCGCUUGAUUGCAGCUGAAAGAAUAUCAGCCGUUGAAAAACCAAAGGCUGCCGUUAAUCAAGAUUAUGGAUCAUACAAGACCUUAUGCGAAGAGCUCUUUAAUAACUCAGCCAACUCUAUGCCACCUAUGAGCAAUUUAUGCUCGCAAUUCCUGUUGCAGCUUUUGAAGCUGAAUUCUUCUCAAAAUAAUGAAGAAUAGUGUGGUACUCAGCUUGAUAUGAAAAUUUGUAAAUAUAAAUCAUGCUAGAUUAAUUUUAUACAUACUUGUAUUUAACUGAUGUAUAUAAAACAAAAUAUUGCCACCAAUGUUUGAAAAACUUGUAUUCUGUUAUUGCUUUGAUAGUCACUGGUCAGUAUCAAUUCAAUGCAAAAAAAAUCCACGAGUGCGAUCAUGUGUAUUACGAACGACUUUAAUAAUUCAAUUAGUAGUAUGGCAAUAAUUUAACUAGUACAUAGUUAAGGAUAUUUCGAAGCCGAUGACGAUCGUUGUGAAUCGACUGUUUGUUAACAA